GCGGAAGCGUAACACCGCAGUCUCGCUGCCAUUUUCGUAGUCAACUUCACAGUCGCCACCGUUGGAUUUCUUACUCUGAAAAUACUUUAUCAGUUUGAUUUUCAACCUCGGUACUUUGUUUUCUCCGAUAUCGACGAGCAGGGGGUACGAAUAUGCGUCAGCCAUCGUCGCCGGUUUGACCCAGUCUGUUGUGUCCCACUUUACUUUCACUUUUGAUUUCCAGAAAAAGAGACGGUGUUGGGUUGUCGGGGUUGUUGUCGACUGCAGCCAUUAAUAGAUAUUUGAUCAGAGGACACAGCAACUCAGAGGACACAGGAGCGUUUAUAGCCACGUUAGAGUAGCGUCCAAUAAAACUAGCUAAAAAACUUGGCCAACAGCGCGAGGAGUGGUCGAGAAAAGAGCCGCUCCCUGUUUGAUUUCUUUCGACUUUUUACUUUCUUUUUCACCUCGGGACUUUUCAGUUCGGUGGGUAAGCUGCUUCUCAAAUAUUCAUAUUUCUUUUCAACUUUAUCCAUGCUGUGUAAUAAGGCAGAAAGUAUAGUAACAAUGACGAUUCGUCGCUUAGUUUAGGCGCAAAACAGCUCAACCGCUUGUCUCGUGCACAUCGCGCCGUUUGGCCACUUGUAAAUAUGGCGAUUUUUUUAAAACGACAUUUCUACUUUUAUGAGUCAAUUUUAGGUAAAGUGGUAAAAUUUAUUGUUUAACUUGGUUGUCAUUUCGAUAUUAUGCCUUGUAAAGAAGCCAAGUCUUUGCAAUAAGACUUAGGCUACAGCAGGGACAAUGUAAAGAAUUAGGGCAACUAUAGAAAAAUAGUAAAUAUGGCCUAUCUAUAGUUUAAAAUAUUUUUGUUUUCAUUUUAAAAAAAAAAAGCCCCCAGCUGGAAAAGGUAACAUUUUUUUGUGAGCUGUGUUAUAUAGUGACGUUACUGCUUAUUUCACCGAAACGAAACAAGCAGGCCAAAGUUUACUGAUUGAUAGAGGUGAUAAAUGGUUGCUGACACACAGUUAUGUGUUACUGCGUGAACAGACUUUAAAAUAAGAUACAGUCUGUGUCUUCCUCUGCUGGAGGAAUAGGGGAACAGCACUUACUUCUACUAAAAUGGAAAUACCUAGAAUUUAUACAGAGCCACCUGUAGACAGGAAGAGGUCAUGACUUAUUUCCAGUGUCUCUUCAGUGGAAUUUUAUUUAAAACAAAAAUGAAGCAUCAAAGGGAGUUUUAAAUAAUCUGAAAUAAACAGUGACUUAAUUAUAUGAGGUACAAAAGCACAAUGACACCAUUAUUGGCAAGAUCAGCACUAUAAUGUAAUUUUUGAUGUCUGUAUCUGCUGUGAGGGGGUAGGUACGCUACAAAACAGCGUUAAUUACUUGUCAUAUAGCAAAUAUUCAUAGUGAGUGAUCAUUUCCGCUGUACAAAGACAACAGGGAGCAAGAGUAUAAAGAUCACUGCUUUGUCCACAGGGGGGCUCAAGUCAAUACAGACACAAAGUUCCUCACAGGCGCUCUAAGUGGAAGUUAAUCGACUCAAGUAGAAGAAAAAAGUACCGAGUAUUUUGUAUAUCUACACCAGUGGGUUUCUUUUUUUGCCUUCCACAUGACUCCCUCUAAGGAAGACUUCUUGAAGUUUGCAGUCCAAAAGACACUGGUUUGGAUAGAAGAAAUAUCAACGUAUUGCACAGUCAUACCAAAUGAACCUUAAUGGACUAAAAAACGUAUUCAAGUAUUUAUAAUUUACCUAAAUUACAGAGUGAAACUGACCUUUAACCCAAGGGGUGUGGCGUGAGGGCUGGUUGAAUCUAAGAUAUGACCCCCAAAUUAUGUAAAAGCAUACCUUCUUAAACUACAACCAACAGGAAAAGUCAAUGUUUGAGAGUACUUUAGUGACACGACACCUAUUCAGGUUAAAGUUCGUGAAUGUUUCUAUAAUAUCCCCCCUGCAUAAAGUCACUGCCUGUUGUGCAAACUGGCUGAACUGUGCAAAUUGUACCUAAAUUUUGCAAAAUUACAAUGACAUUAGUGUUGUUUAAGGUUCACAUACAAAGCAUUAAAUGAAGUUCAAUGUUAAUUUUGUUCAUUUUCUUUGUUUAGAAACCAUGACCAGCAAAUUAGAUGUCACCCUUCAUGGGCGUUCAGUCAACAUCGUGAGACAGUGCAGAGAAGAUUUGUGUGAUGUUCUCCAAAGCAAAUUCGGAUGCGUGGCCAUCAUCGAAGGAGUGGAUUUUGAACAGGAUCUUGUUGUCGCCAAGCAGGGAAGGCCAACAGUCGAACCCCAGCCAAGAUUUGAAGUUUAUCUACCUGUAGGUGUCCGUGUUUCUGUGUGGAAGGGCGAUCUGACUAUUUUCCGGGCAGAUGCUGUUGUGAAUGCAGCUAACACCCAGCUUCAGCACUGGGGCGGCCUUGCAUCGUCUCUGAGUAAGGCCGGUGGUCCAUCAAUCCAGAAAGAAAGUAAUGAUUACAUUAAAAAAAAUGGUGACUUGAAAACAGGAGAGGCAAUUGUCACUGGUUCUGGGCAGCUACCAUGCAACAAAAUUAUUCAUGCUGUUGGACCUGAUUUAUCACCUAAUCCCUCCCCUCGUGAUGUUUCUCGGGCCGAACUGCUGUUGAAGAAAGCCAUCCGGAGCAUCCUUGACAAAGUAAGGGAACAUCACCUGCAGUCUGUUGCCAUUCCUGCCAUAAGCUCAGGACUGUUCCACUACCCACUGCCACAGUGUGCCGACACCAUAGUGUCAACUGUGAAAGAAUACUAUGAAAACUAUGAUCCUUAUAAGCAUCAUCCUAUAGAAAUAUUCUUGGUAAACUUCGAUGAGCCUUCAGUCACGGAAAUGAACAGGGCCUGCUGCCAGAUACUGGCACACCACAAGCCCAUCACAUACAGUCAGGCAGCAAGCAGUAGAAGCAGAGAUGAUGCCAAAACUUCAACACCUUCUCUCCACAUCGGAAAUGUCCAUCUGAUGCUGAAGAAGGGACGCAUUGAAGAACAGUCGGUAAGAACCUACGAUGUUUAGCCAUUCAUCUGUUAAAGUGUCUUUGAGUAAAAGAUGCGUAUAAGUUUCCCUAAUACUCAGAAAAGAUAGUAUGUACACAAUACUCUUCAUAUAUUUCAUGUGCCAACCCUCUGUUCUCACAGACAGAUGUCAUUGUUAACACUGCAUCAGAAAAUCGAGACCUGAGCCAGGGUGAAAUCUCCAAAGCUUUACUAAAGAAAGCUGGGUAUGAAAUGCAAAAAGAAAUGACUAACGCGUAUCCAAGUGGACAUGUCAUCAUUACAAAAGGCUACAAGCUGCACUGUAAAAGCGUCUUUCAUACUCGUUGUGCGACGAAGACGGGAUAUGCGAAGCAGCAGGAAGUCGCAGUGCAGGUACAGUAUGAUGGUCAUUUAAGUGAAGAGAUAACAUGCAGCUUGUACUUUCAGAUGUACUUUCAAAUAUGUUGACAACACUUUUUGCUUUUCUGUCCCUUUACUCAUCUAUGACAGGGUCUUUUUAACUCGGUGUCAGAAUGCUUGUGGCUGGCAGUCUCAAAUAAGCACAGGUCAAUCACCUUUCCUGCCAUCGGAACCGGAGCCCUUGGGUUCAGUGGAAAAGAAGCUGCUGAGACCAUGCUGAAAGCGGUCGCUGAGUUUGCCCAAAAGUCCCCAAAGCCUCUGGAAGUUUCUAUUGUCAUCUUUCCUUCUGACAGCUCCAUUUAUCAGGUACUGCUCAAAACACUUGAGAUGACCCAUUCAUUGUUACCAGAAAUGCAUUAUGCCCCAACACAAGCUGAGUUUUUUUUCAGUUCGCCAGGUUGUGCCAGUUCAGUUGCCAUCUCUCCUGACUUGAUAAUUCAGACAUUCCCACUCGAACUUCAUGAACUGUCUUGUGCAGAAAAACUAAACAUAUAUUGAUCAUUCUCUUUCCAGGCUUUUGAAGAACAAAUGAGGUUUCUCAGGGAAAGAGCACAACAUCCCAGCUUUGAACUUGGUAACAGUACUUCAGAUAUCCCUUUGUGGCAGUUCAAUUAUUCAAUUAUUAUUAAUUAGUUCAAUUAUUGUCAAACUGUUGUACGUUCAACACACACUGUUCUUCUGCAUAUUUCAGUUAAUGUAGGGCAUCUUAUUUAAAUAACUUAAAUGCAUGUUUGACUGGUCAUGUUUUGGAGUGACCCUAGAUAGCAGCACUAACAGUAGACAUAUAUCAUCUCUACCUUUCCAGCAUUCAACAACAGAGAUGACUUCAGUGGCUCCAAGGCGUCAUCUCCUCAGAUAAGCCUGAGCGGCCCCUCUGAUAAAGCAACUCAUGAGGCUAAACGCUGGCUCCAAGACUUGCUCUUCGACUCUGCUGGCGUAGUCAUCAUCUCUAACAACUUCGUCCUGCACUUUGGGAAACAAGAACAUGGUGAGCUGUCCCGUCUGACCGAAAAAGGCGUCAUCAUUGAGGAAUUCUUCGACAAAGGCCGCGCCGGCAUUAUGGUGAAAGGGGAUUCGAACGAAGAUGUCGCAGCUGCCGGGCUGCAGGUGGAGAAGAUGCUCUGUAGAAUACAGAGGGAGUUUAUGAAAUUUGAAGAGCAUGAAAUAAGCAAGAUGACGACAAAGAGUGUGCAUCCUGAAAGACAGACCCUGCAUCCUGAAAGACAGACCCACUCUACCAACGAAUACAAAGACAGAGCUUCUUCUCUCGGAGAUACACGUUUGUGGCUUGAAAAGGUGAUUAAACUGGGUGAUUCAAUGCUCUGAUUUUGUUGUUGAGAACAGUAAGGCUUUUGCAGUAAUCCACAAUAAGAUUUAAUUCAUCUUCACAUAGUUGCAUGCAGCAGAACACAUCCCAUGACAUAUUGCCCUAACUUCUAUCAAAUUCUGUCAACUAUUUGCAGGUGUCUCAUUAUAUUUCACCUUUAAACAGAUACAUGCUUGUUUUUUUCCCUGUCUAGGUGGAAAAGGUGGAGAACCCAGCUCUGGAGAUGCUCUUUGAAUUAAAGAAACGACAGCUAAACUGCUUCUCUCACCGAACAAUGUUUCAGUGCGUGCCAGCACACUUCCUAGAGAUGGUCAGCCGCAUUGGAUUCCAUGCAGAGUACGCUCCACCUCCAGGUAUGAUAAUACUUUUAACAAACAGUGUUUGUGCUCUAUAAAAAGUCCUACAUAAGAGUAUAGUUAAGUUGUUUUCAGUUAAUGCUAAAUACUAAAAUACAUUAGUAAAUGCAGUUGACGGAGAGGAUAGAGAGAUGCAUUUGUGGAUGCACAGAGGAUUGACUUUCCUCUGCUUCUCUUUCUCUGAAUACAGACCCUGCGUUUGGAGAGGGCAUCUACUUUGCAGGCACACCGAAAAAGGCCAUGGAAAUGUGGAAGGAAAUGCAGAACGGGAAGUUCCUGUACUUCGUGGAAGCUGAGGUGCUGACAGGAAACUCUAUCUUUGGGCAGAGGGGUCUCAUUCUGCCUCCCGCUGUGGGAAAAGACCCCCAGAUAAUGUAUGACAGUGUGAGUGGAGGACCUGAUGUCUCUGUAAUAUUCAGUGGAUAUCAGGCUCUGCCCAGGUACAUCAUCACCUGCAAAGGGGGAUAAACAGCAUGUUCUGUGGGUUUAUUGUUAUCUACAGUGGAUAUAAAUGUAAUAGUACUCCAAGAGCGGGAUAUUAUGUAGUCAAGUAUUUGUCAAAUAAAAUGUAGUCUCAUUUUCAAAAUAAACUCACAGCUUCCAGCUUUACCAUCUGAUGAUGAAAAACAAUAGAACAGAGAACCUAAGGAUGUCCAGUUUGGGUAUUGUGUUUCUCAUUUCUGUCUGUAACUUUGUUUCUCUUUUUUUCUUACAUAAGUAUCAGAAUCAGAACAUGUAAAUUUCAUUUAAAAAGCAUUUAGAGGGUAUGUAAAUGAUUUUUGAUUUAGGAUUUGAAGAUAGGACUAAUCUGAGGGAUGAAAGGCCUUGAUAAUAAGGAGAUGGGUGAAGUGUUUUAUAGAGCAAUCAGUUGUAACUAAAUUGUGGAUAUAUACUCAAAAAGCAAACUCUGUACUCUUGUGCCUAAUGCUGAUUAAGACAGUAAAAAUUUAAAAAGCUGAA